CGGGCUCGCCUCAUUUUAUUUCAGUCGGGAGACGCGAGAGAGACAUUUGGAGGAAGGAAUAAGGCGGAUAUCGGUGCCCCCUCUCUCUCCCAUGCAGUUUUGAAGAAGACGCCCCCCCCCACCCCACUCCCUGCACCUGUUCGGCUUCGUCUCGUUUAGCCUCUUGUGAGCGGACGCUGCUUCUCAUUGUUAAGAUAGCUUGACGUUGUUUUCAAGAUGACUUCGACGUACAACCUGGAUUUCCACCCUUUAACCGAAAGUCGGUUAUUGACUACGGGGGACACAAUCAACGGCAACGGAAGCAAGAUGAAUGGGUCGCUGGAGCAUCUGGACCAGCCAGAUCCAGACUCCAUCAAAAUGUUUGUGGGACAGAUCCCACGCGCCUGGUCAGAAACAGAACUAAAAGAGCUUUUUGAGCCUUUUGGAGCUGUGCACCAGAUUAACAUCCUCCGUGAUCGUACCCAGAAUCCCCCUCAGAGCAAAGGAUGCUGUUUUGUAACUUUUUAUACAAGAAAAGCUGCACUGGAGGCCCAGAAUGCACUGCACAACAUAAAGACCUUAAGUGGGAUGCAUCAUCCUAUUCAGAUGAAACCUGCUGACAGUGAGAAAACAAGUGCUGUAGAGGACCGAAAACUCUUCAUCGGAAUGGUUGCAAAGAAAUACGGCGAGAACGAGAUCCGAAUGAUGUUCUCGUCUUUCGGACAGAUAGAAGAGUGCCGAAUCCUCCGGGGACCAGAUGGUCAGAGCAGAGGCUGUGCGUUUGUCACAUUUGCUACCAGGGCAAUGGCACAGAAUGCAAUCAAAACCAUGCAUCACUCUCAGACUAUGGAGGGUUGUUCCUCACCUUUGGUGGUGAAGUUUGCUGACACACAGAGAGAUAAGGAGCAGCGGCGCCUGCAGCAGCAGCUAGUACAGCAGAUUCAGCAGCUCAACAGCGCCUCUACCUGGGGAAACCUGGCUGGCCUGGGGACCCUCACACCACAGUACCUGGCACUGCUGCAGCAGGCUUCAUCCACCAGUAACCAGGGCAGUUUCAAUAGUAUUCAGAGGCUAGGAGCCGGUGUGAAUCCCCUACAGCUGCAGAACUUGGCCACAUUAGCUGCUGCUGCGGCUGCAGCUCAGAGUUCUGGCAGCCCAAACUCCAGUGCCCUCUCUGCAAACAGUGGAGCCCUGGGAGGCUUGGGCAGCCCAGCCUGUUCAACAGCAGGGUCCAGCGCAGGUGCUGCCAUGAACACCUUGGCAUCUCUGAGCACCCUGCAGGGUCUCACAGGGACCUCUAUGGGCCUCAACCUCAACGCGCUCACCAGCAGUGUCAGUGGGAUGGGGGGAAUGAAUGGGGGCUUGGGCUCCAUGGCCAACGGGUCAGCAGCCAGCUCCAUGGACGCUCUGACCCAGGCCUACUCAGGGAUGCAGCAGUACACAGCCUCUGCCCUGCCCUCCCUCUAUGGCCAGUCUCUCCUGCAGCAGAGCAUGGCUGGCAGCCAGAAAGAAGUAGGGCCAGAGGGCGCCAACCUGUUCAUCUACCACCUGCCCCAGGAGUUUGGGGACCAGGAUCUUCUGCAGAUGUUUAUGCCUUUUGGAAAUGUGGUUUCUGCCAAAGUCUUCAUUGACAAACAGACCAAUCUGAGCAAGUGCUUUGGGUUCGUCAGCUAUGACAAUCCUGUGUCUGCCCAAGCUGCCAUCCAGGCCAUGAACGGGUUUCAAAUUGGAAUGAAGAGGCUGAAGGUUCAGCUGAAGCGCUCCAAGAACGACAGCAAACCCUACUGAUCCUAGCCCUGGGGCCUCCCCCCCUCCCCAGCUCUAAUGCUAGCACUGCUAGGGUAAGUUCACCCUUCAGCCAAGGUCAACACAGCAGAGACUCAGGGGGGGGCAGGGGGAAAGGAGCCCAUACUAGGAGGGAGACUCGCUCUAUUCCUGAUACAAAAUUAAAAGUGGUUGCAAUGAUCUUUCCACAUUUUGCUGUAUUUCAUUCCUGCGGUUUUAUCAUGUAAUUUGAGUCGAAUUAAAUAUUUUAAUGUAUAUGAUUAUUUAUGACUAUCACUGGAGUCAGUGUUCGCUGGAGGUAUUUUGUGUCGCUGUAAGUAGUGGAGAGCAUCAGUUGUGUUUCCAUACCAUUUCAUUGCCUUCAGGUCAAGAGAGACAGGUUGACUAAGGAUCAGCUGUUGUGUUGAAGGGCUGCAGCCAGGCCACGCAGAACCCAGAGCUCAGAGCUUCAACCUGCGUUUGGCUUCUUACAUGUAGUCUGUCUCGUUCGUUUCCCAUUCUUCAAUGUGAAAAUCUUUUGCACUCUAAAUCCUUCAGUCUCUGCUCCCCCUCCGUCUCUCCCAUUUCUGUCUCCCACUCUUUCUCGUCGUCAUUAUGUAAGCCAUGUCGAGCUAGGCUACCUCUCUCUCUUUUCUCUAUUAACAACCUCUUCAAGUCAUUCCAUCUAUCCUCCAAGUCUCCCACAUGGGACUGGCUCUAGAUGGAUCUCUUUGGGUGCCAAGUAUACAGUUUGUGCAUGUUGGAGUCUCUGCCAUAUGUCCUGGUGGUGUCACUUUCCUUAAAUCUGUGUAUUGUUUUUGUGUGUCAGGGGAAAGAAGGGGGGGGGGAAAUGUUUAUCACGCUGUCCUUACUGUAUGUGGUGAUUUGUUUUUGUUGUUUUUUGUGCCUCAUGGCUAAACAAUUCUUGUGCUGUGCCCCUAACUUUCUCUUAUCUCCUCUUUGUCUUCUCUCUCUGUGUCUCUCUCUCUCUCUCUCUCUGUCUCUUCCUUUCACGUUUUGUUCCUUUUUUAGAACAAAUCUCCAUGCCUGUUUGCUCAUCAUUAGCCUAGCAUGUCUUCAUGAUGUUGAAAGCCAAGCCAAACUCCUGGCCUCAUCAUCCCACCAUUGUCUGUGAUGUCUCUCUAAGCUCGCCUGACCAAUACCUGGCCACCCACUGACCCUUGACCUUAGCUCAACCUGAUUUUUCUGCAUGUAUAUUCUUUUUUUGGUUUCAUUUUUUUUCUGUAUAGAAAUGUGACAGGUGGGAGAGAGGUCAAGCAAAUCAAUGUGAAAACUUUCCUGCGUUGAGUUCAUUAAUGAGACCUUUUUGUUUUGUUUUUUUGCGAAUGUUUUAAAAACCUGUGGGAUUUCUUAUUUUUAAUUUAGCUUUGGUUUUUUAUGUUGCUUUCUUUUUACCUCUCUCAGUAAAGUUCACUUGAAAGUUGAAUACAGGGAUCGGCACACAGUUGUGCUAUUUUGGUGCCAUUAGCAAUAUGGUGGCUUCUUUAAAAAAAAAAAAAAAAACAUAGACCACUUUCCAACACUUUUGAAAGUCUGACCAGAAACAGCCCUCUCAGUGCUCUGUAAUGAUCUCUACAUUUUGCGGGCAGCGUGAAGAUUUUCACCAAGGCUAUUUAAAAAUAUAUUUUCUUUUCAUUUAGGAAAAUUUCCAGUGUAUUUACCUUUUUUGAACUAUUGAUGGCACAAUAAAAGGUACAUUUACUCUAUUCAGAGAAAUGACUACCUACAUGAGUCAACUUUUUUAGAACUGAUUCACAAAUAGACAAUCUGUGGUUUAAAUGCACACUUAGAUUACCUAUAUUUUAUACCAUUGAAUCUAUAGAAUUUAACUAACGGAACCCAGGCAAAACUUUGGGUUUUUUGUAGAUUAUGUUGUAAUGUCAUCUGUGUCUGGGGGGAUCUUCGGUGUAAUGCAUUUUUAAAGAGGACUAAAAAUCAGUUUGAUCGAUGUGACCGCACUUCUAGUCAAUUAAAAAAACACACUUUAAGUCAAAAACUCCUCUGCAUUAACUGUAAUUUCAAUUUCUGUGAAAAAAAGUACCUUUUUAUUUUAUUUUGAAGGGUCACAGUGUGUAGACGUUUUCUUUCCUGUGUUAAAGAAAAUUAAGUGUUCAACUUCCACGGUACGUCUUGUAGACUUUCUGUGAAUUUCUUCUUAAUAAUUUCAUUAAUGGAUGUUUCACUUGGGUUACGUUUGGAUGCCUCAUGUUGAAAGAUGACGAUUUACAAUGUCUGUUAAUCAUACAGAUGCCAGACAAUGUCUCUUUAUUUUGUUGUUGAAGUGCCCAUGUUUCAAACUCAGUGUUUCUUGAAUUCACAGAAGAUAGUUUCCUGUAAUAUUAACCUACUUUUCUUUACACACACACACACACACACUGCAGCACACACACAAUACACGUUGUGAUUGCAAAUGUGGGAGCCCCUGAAGAAGAGAUCACUUGGACACAUGACCUGUGGGUCUCUGCACAUUUAAUAGACACACUCACAGUUGCUUUUUUUGUGUUUCGCUGAUCGUUCGUUUAAAUUGACUUCCAAUAUCAUGUUUGAGUCGUACACGAUGCACGGCACAUUAUACGACUGAAAUCACCACAAUAGUGUUGGUUUACAAAUACAUUCCAUUUUUUCAGCACAAAGUUUACACUUUUUUUUACCGGGGUGGUAUUUUGUCUGUUUGUACUACAAAAUAACAACCACAUCACCCCCCUCCCCCUAAAGAGGGGUUCCCUAAAACUACGUACCUGAUGGCGCUAAACAGUUGUCGACUCAGGGGCUUUUUUUGUGUGUGAAACUAAACACUUACACAGGAUUAUUAUGACACAGUGCACAAUUUUCACCAUUAGACCUUUUGAUUUUUCUUUUCUUUUCUCAAAAUACAUAUAAAUAUUCCAAAAAAAUAAAAAGAAUAAAAACAAAAAAUGGUACCAAAUUUGAAACCGAGCUCGAGGACAGUGUUGUAGUUUUGUAAGAGAAACGUAAAGCACAAUUGUGGGAGCUAAUCACUUUUGCAGAAUGUUGUGUGUGAUUUAUAAUCCCAAAACUUGCAAGGUACCACUGAUUCCACUUUUUAAUACGGGCAUGUGCUUUUUACAGUGUGUUUUUUCUAUCCAAAUGCAAUACAAUAUUCAAAGUGCCAUAUAUACGUCUAGAAACUGCCUACACAUCCUUAUUAGGCCUUGGUUUAGAGAUUGCUGCAGUUAGCCUUUUUUUGUCUAUUUAUGCCAGUGUCAUUAAAGCUCUUGUCCCCUGCUCAUGUCCUCCACUCCCCAGCCCUCUUCUGCCCCCUCCCACUCUUGUGUGUUGAGUUUUUGGUAAAUGUGUAUUGUGAUGUAAUCAAUUUGAACAGUUGUUUAAAGAAAUUGUAGAUAAACAAUAAACUUCCCUAUACAUUUGAAGGUUAAACCUCUUUCUUAGUGUGAACACAUGAACUGUAACACUUUGCUAUACAAACAGUUGGUUGAUCGGAUGUGUUGGGGGAAAUUUAUUAUAUCCAACAAAGUCACCAUAAAGCUUACGUAAAGAAAGCGACAACUCUGGUGCCAUGUUGAGAUCUUGCAAUGAUAAAACUGUGUGUCGAAACACUGAAAUGAGUACAGGUCUAGGGGUGGUAUGAUGUGUAUGGUGAAGUGUUACUGUGAAUGAAUAAAAUAAAAAAAAUAAAAUAAAAAAGCACAAUGUACAGUCCACAGCGGUCCCAACAGGAACUUGACUCACUUCAGGGGCUUCCAUCACAAAUCCUGUUCAGGCUCUAACAAUCACUUUCUCUGUUCUGUAUUUUUCACAUUCUGAAGUGCUAUUUUUUGACAGUGUGGUAGCUUUGCAUCUCUAUAGAUAUUGUCUCGAUCCAUAAGAAAAGCGAGAAGAAGAAAAGAAAAUCUCGUUCAUUUCUUGUCUGAUAAUCGGUAGGACUUUGUUCAUGUUCCACCAAUAAUUUACUAGAUGUUUUUCCUUGUCUUUGAGAGCCAAAGUGGGUGCAUCUUGAUGUGAUCUGUGUUAUACAUAUUUCUUUUUUCUGUUCAGGCAUUUUUUUUUUUUUUUUUUUUUUUUUUUUUUGAAACUGGGUGGGCUUUGAAAAAAGGAAAAAAAAGAAAAAUAUACAACACAGGCUUUCCAAUUUCUACAACUGGUUGUUCAUAUGUAUUUUGUACCAGUGGAGCUUUUUAUAUUGGAAAUUAAAGAAAAAAAAUCUAUAUUGGAAAAAAAAAAAAUUGUCUGGCCUCUCAAUGUGGCCUCGCCUUGACUAGGUCUUGAGUUUGGCCUCUUGGUGGUGUCAAGCAAUUUUUGGUUGUUUUGUUUUUUUUGUCUCUAAAGGAUGCCUGAUUUUGAUUUCUCUACAUAUUCCUCACUUCGUUAAUCAGUUUCAGUUUCGGGGCGGGGGGAGGGAGGGUUGGGAUCCUCUAAGCUCGUGGUAAGUUUCAUGUUAGUAUUCGUGCUGUCCACAACAUAGUUUAAUGGUCAUCAGAUUUUUCGACAACUUGUGUGGAUAAUUGUCUUAGUUAAAGAGUUAACUAAUUGUUUAAUUUGAGCCUUGCUUUUUACCUGUGUAGACUUCUUUCUGUUUGUUUUUUCCCCCCAUAGAGGAGUGUGUAGCUGAAAGACUCUGUUCUUUUUUUGGUCAAUGUUUGUUCAUGUGUGGUGUGUUUCUUUGCCUCUGUCUCCAAAUUAAACCAUAUCCCCUAA